AUGACCAAAGAUUUCAAGAAGCUUCACAUUCCUAUAAAUAUCGAAGCUUUUCCCAUGGCCAAACUCCAAACUAUCUGUUACUGUGCUUUCCUUCUUGCAGUAAUUGCCUGCCAUGAAACUCUAUUUACCGAGGGUAGGGACUUAACAUCAAAGAAAGAAGCUUCCCCACCAGUAGAAACUACUAAAAAUCUUGGAUUUGGCUCCUCAGCAGCAGUUUUUAAGGAUGAUUUUCGACCGACGAGGUCAGGUAGUAGCCCCGGUGAAGGUCAUGCUUUCACUGGACAUGGUGAUAUUGAUACUAAGCCAAAAGCACUAGGAAAUGCUCCAGGUGUCGAUCAUUCUGUUGCUGGAAACACUGACGAUUUCCCACCAACCUAUCCAGACCACAGCCCCGGUGUUGGGCAUUCUUUUCAAACCAAAAUUGCAGAGCCAAAUGCAUAG